AUGAAUCUUCUACAGUUCGCUCUGCUGGUGGCCCCCCUGGCCCUGAAGGCCGAGGCAUUCUUCCGUAUGGAAUGCCAGGGUCGGGUUGCCCUUGGCAGAAUUGAUCCUAUUGUUUCUCCUGGAGAGCCGGCUCUGCAUGUUCACUCUAUUCACGGCUCGUCUGGAAUCUCCAUGCAUGCGACUUACGACGACCUUCGAAAUGGACAGUGUACGUCGUGCCGUGUGACUCAGGACAAGUCGGCGUAUUGGCACCCCUCGAUGUACUUUCAGGAUGGUGAGACCGGCGAGUUUGAGCUGGUCGAACAGGUUGGCGGUAUGCUCGCGUACUACCAGUUCCAUUUGGAUAACCUGACGGCUUUCCCAGCUGGCUUUCGCAUGAUUGCUGGAAACUCCAACCGCCGAAACUGGUCCACUUGGGACCUUACCCAGCCCGACCCACCUGCCGACCAAUGGUACAGCAAGGGCCUCACAACUCAGGAGUCUUUGGGGGAGCGUUCCAUGGGUUUCAACUGCCUCAACUAUGCCGGAAACCCUGAGCCAACCCUGUAUCGGCACACAAUCCCCGACAAAGCCUUCAUUGACGCGAACUGCCCGAAUGGCAUCCGGACAGAGAUCACCUUCCCCUCGUGUUGGAAUGGCAAGGACCUCGGCUCGGAAGAUCACCGAUCUCACAUGGCCUAUCCCGAUAUGCUCCGCGCCGGUCAAUGUCCUGAUGACUUCCCCGUCCACAUGCCCACCAUGCUCUUCGAGACCGUCUGGAAUGUGAAGGCUUUCAAUGGCCGAAACGGCAGGUUCGUAAUGGCCAAUGGUGACAGUCUCGGCUGGGGUUACCAUGGCGACUUCAUGACGGGAUGGGACGAAGAUUUCUUGCAACAGGCUCUCGAUACUUGCACUGCAAACUCAGGCAAUAUCUUGGACUGUCCCAUUUUCGACAUUAUAUCCGAGGAGGAGGCCCGAGAAUGCACCAUGGAGGUACCCAGCAUUCUGUCCACCGAAGAUGUCGAGGGUCCUCUGCGCUCCCUUCCCGGCAAUGUGCCCAUCAUCUAUGAAGACGGCACCAAAGAAUACGGAGGCGACGCGCCCGUAGAGGACUCCCCCGUACCCAGUCUGGCACCCAACCCCAUCACCUCAGAGAUCGCAAUUGUUCUUCCCGAGCCCGUUCCUACAUCUGAGGCUCUUCCCGAGAUCCAGCCAGACUUCAAUGCGGCUGUGGAUCUUGUAUCGUCUGAAGCCUUCCCCGAACCGGAAUUCCCGGAAACGACAUGGGCCCCUGAGCCACCCGCAGAGCCCACCAAGUCGUUUUAUUCAACCCAGGUGGUCACGGAGGGAGACAAGGUGUCUGUUAUCUACUGGGACGAGGAGGUUGUCUACGUUACUGAGUACUAUGAUUCGACGACAACAGUUACAGUGGCCCCGUCUGCUCAUGCUGACAGCGUAGCUAAGCGCCAUCUGCAUGGACAUAUUCAUCAUCGUCGCCACCAUGGUUAG